AUGAAGGAUCUGGUCAAAACGUACCCUCUAGUAUUUCGGCGGAGAUUGCUAGUAAGAAAAUUCAAGAGCAACAACAAUUGGACAAUCUUAGAUGUGAUGGUAGUUUCACAUUUGUUAAACGGUGCAUUGCAAGCCAGUUUAUCAGUUGGACAUAUUGUUGCUUCAGCUGAACUUGUGGAAUACACUACAAGCUAUGCUUCCGAAAUAGCUAGAGUCGAAGUUGAAAAAACUAAUACGACAAGCGCUAAUGAUGAUAAUCCAAAAGAUGGAGUAGCCCAGGAUCCGUCGCUUGCAAUUAGACCUUUGCUUGCUUGUAUUGCCGCUCUAAUGAACCGACCAGCAUCUCAGAGUCAUGGACCCACAUCGAUCAUCAGUUCUAUGCUUUCUCCCGAUGGACACCCUUUCAGGUUCUCUGAGAUCAACCUUUUAUUAAGACAAAAACUUCCACGUUUGACACUUCGAUUAGGCAUGACUUGUAUGAUUCAGGCUGGACGUAGAGAUCGGGCCGAUUGA